UCUUUAUAGUUUUGCUCCCUUGCGAGCCGUCAUCGGAGGCAGUGCAAAGCUGUAAGCGAAGAACGAAACGAUGAUGACAUGUGACAGGCCCGGAUGCCGAUGAGGACCUUACGGCACCUGGCCUGAUUCUUAUGAGGUCGUCCUGCCAGAUGGCCGAAGGAAUCCAGAUCCAGGCUUGGACGACUCAAGAGAUUCGGUGUAUUAAUAACUUGGGAACACGCCCGCCUGUGCUUCUCGAUUCCUGGUCCCGGUCCGGGAGUUGUCGCCAAAUCAAACAAAUGUUCUCCGAGGCGCAGUCCAGUCCUUAUCUCGAACCUGACUCGGUCUGAAAAUAAGCACUCGAGAUCGAGUCAUAUUCCAGCAAAACAUACAAAAGCACUGAGCAUCAGUUUUCCCGAUGCCGAUCCAUCAACGUUAUACAUCCACAGGAACUGAUGGACACACUGCUGGGCGACCUGGGCAAUCUACGCUUUCGGGCAAGACCAGACCAGACAUACAUACAUACAUAUGAACUUACAGCGGAGAACCCCGCCGCUUAUCUCGCGUAGCCAGUCAAGGGGCGGGAUCCGUGUACAUCUCCCAUCCCGUCUGAUCGUAUUUACUUCCGUGGUUCCUUUUUUCCACCAGAAAUUCUGCUGUGUCAUGCAGCUCGUGCGGCAUGCGCAAAAAUAAGAGCAGAGUGCAUGCGGAAACGCCGUGUGAGACGCGGACCCUCGAACGGACACGGGCCAGGCGAGAGACACUAGCCGGCCAAAGCGUGUGCCUCCGGUAGGCGGAGUCGACUGGGACCCGGCGGUGGCUCAGGCUCUGGCUGGCAGGCCCCCCGCGUCACGCGGGGCGGCACUCGAUGACGUCGCAGAUCUAGCUCCAGGAACGGCGAGUCCGUUGGACCAGAACCACCGGCGACCCAGCUGUCGAGUACUCGGACACAUACCCAAGACGUUCACACCGAGCCUCGCGGUCAGCUGAUCCCCAGCGCCGAUCAGCUGACCCGCUCUAGGCUUUUCUGCCCCAGCGACUCAGCAAAAGCCUGGGGGUAUUACGAGCACGGGAACUGACGGGGCCCACGUUCUGAGCGUAAGCAUCCGGCGCACAGUCAUCUGGUGCAUGGGGGCCAUUGAGUCCUGCGCCGCGCCCGGCAUCGGCGCGUGUGGCUGGCACUGUCAAGCUUUUUUUUGCAGAGGCACAAGACACAUGUGCGCGCACACAUGUUUCAUGUGAGGUGGCAAACAGCAGUUUUCCAGCUCGGGCGGGAAUUUGCGAACGCUUGGCGUGUGGCAUUUUCCCGGAGAGACAGAGUGAAUUUAUGCAUGCAACCACCGCAGUCCCUCUUCCCACAGUCGAAAUAGCCGCCAGUUGGUCUGUAAGCACGAAAAACUGGCAAUCCAUUCACACCGUCACGCACAUGCAGCAAAAAAAAACUUCUGGACCUAGCCCAACUUCUAGAACUCCGUCUCAUCUCUGAUUGAUCUGGGGCGACCGCAAGAUCCGGCGAGAACACAGCGCAGAAUACGCUUUGUUUCAGUCAACAAAAUCACGCAGCAGACGCCGGUGGCGUGCGAGUGGCGUGCGUCUGCGUCUGCGUCUGCGCCCCCACUCCACGUGCCUCGGCGUCACGCGCCCCCGGCCGUCCGAAGUCGCCAAGGCCCAGCGCAGGAUGUGCUUCUGGUUUUAUUAAACGCCACCAUCCGCGCGCGCACUGGCCCAAGGGCAACCCCGAGAUGGACACCACCGGAUCGCAGAUCGAUACCCCCCACGCACGGUGCGGUACGGUAUGCGUCCGGGGGCACGAAGGAUCCGAGAUGCCAACGGGGUACCAAGGCGCAGCCGGGCCCGACGAGCGGUGCACGUUGGAGCUUCACGGAUCGGAGGAGCAGUACGUAUUUCCUCGUCGCGGGACCCGCGAGUUGGGAAGAGCCGUGUGGAGCUCGCGGAAGGCUCUCAGGUGAGACAGGACAGGAAUAGAACAUGGACCGUCGUGCUUGGCUCCACCGUCUUCGAAGACCGGUUCGCUGUCGGGUCUGCCGGAAUGAAUACGAGGUGAGGGAGUUGUUUCUGGCACCUUCCCAGCGCAUCUUUCUGCAUUCGAGCGGAUCCGGAGCCGGGAUCUGCAUCAUCUGAAAGCAGAGUCCAUGAUGUCAUGAGCCGUUUUUGUCUUGGUUGAGAAAUCUGUCCUCAAGAUCCGAAUGGCAGACUAAGACAACCAAGGCAGAGAGUGGAGGUCAGAAAGAAGCAGCGGUGAUCAAAGCCAUCGUCAUUGCACGUGAGCCCUUUUUGUUCGGAUCGUACAACUACUGUCAAUUUCUCGGGCGCGCUAGUCAUCUCUAUCUCUGGUUGACUUCGCUGCGCUCCCGAAACCGGGCAGUUUAACUAAACUCGGACGAGGUCUUGCGGUGGAUAUUCUCAACAUAUGCCUAUAAAUAGCGCUGCUGCAUCCCUGGUCUUGCAGUACUGCCCUUCUGAGCAUGGAAUUCGAGCAAAGCUUUGACAUCAUAUUCGCCGGUGGAGGCACUACGGCGUGCAUCAUUGCGGCAAGGCUGAGCGCUGCAGCGCCGUCACUCAGCAUCCUGAUCGUUGAGGACGGACCGGAUACGCUCGACUCGCCGAUGCACCUACAGCCAGCGUUGUUCAUCGAGAACAUGCGCAACCCUGCAUCGCCGACGAUGCAGUUCCACGGGACGCGCGACGCGUCUGGCAAGCUAAGCAGCGUGAACCACGGCCGGUGCGUCGGCGGAAGCAGUGUCAUCAACGCGAUGAUCUACAACCGCGCAGCCGCAAGCGACUACGACGACUGGGCGCGAGCUGGGAAUCCGGGCUGGGGUGCCGAGGAUCUCAUCCCGCUCGCGAAGAAGCUGGAAACGUACCAGGGCAAGAUUGUCAACGACACGCACGGUUCUUCGGGGCCGAUCCAGGUGUCCCCGGCCCGCGCGCUCGGACUUGGGGCGGACUUUCUGGACGCCGCGGCUGCGUACCCUCGCGGCCGAUCCUUCACCGACGAUCUGAACGGGUUUGGGCCGGUGGAUGUUUACGGCCGGUGGCCCAAAUACAUCGACGGCCCGAGCGGACGCCGGUCCGACGCUGCGAACACGUGCCUCUACCCCCGGCUCGGCACGACCGCCUCGAACAUCCGCAUCAUUUCGCGCGCCCGGGUGUCUGCGGUGCUGUUCGACGGCUCCACCGCCGUGGGCGUCGAAUACCACUCCCGUGACCCCGGGACGGUGCACCGCGUCGGGGCGAGCAAGAUGGUCGUCAUCUCGGCUGGGGCGUUCUGUUCGCCUGCCAUCCUGGAACGUUCUGGGGUGGGCCAGCAGGCGAGAUUAGAGCUUCUGGGGGUGCCCGUUGUCGCUGAGAUCCCCGGUGUCGGCGAGAACUAUAACGGUAGUUGCCGUUUCUUCUCUCAGAUCACGGCUGAUGCUCAAUUCCUCCGAGACCAUAUCGGAGCUGCACCCUCGUAUUUCGCCGACGAAAGUCAGCUCACACUGGACGGGGUGCUUGAAAACCUAUCAGCGACGGGCGAUGCAGAGCGGGGAGUCGUCGCGUCAAACGGCUUCGACGCUGGGAUCAAGCUCCGCCCCAACGACAGUGAUCUGGAGGUCCUUGGGCCUGGCUUCCAACCCCGCUGGGAGUCGUUCUUCAUGGACGCCCCCGACAAAUCCGUGCUGGUGGCUAUCCUCGCCGCAAUGUCGCUCCAGGCCGUCCUGCAGAAAUGCGACCACGAGAGCGGCUCCACGGCGGUGUUCUCCCUCACGUACUACCUGUGCUACCCGGGCUCGGCCGGCUCCGUCCACGCCACCUCAACAGACCCCUACGCCGCACUCGACAUCGCGACCCAGCUGCUGACCAAAGAGGAAGACGUCCUGGCGCUCCGCUGGGGCUACAAGUGGACCCGCGAGCUCGUGCGCCGCAUGGCCAGUUUCCACGGCGAGGUCCCCGCCAGCCACCCGCACUUCGCAGACACCAGCGCGGCCAAGGCGAUACUACUAGGCGAGCAGCACGUCGGCGCGCAGGCCCCGGAGAUCCAGUACUCGGCCGAGGACGACCGCGCGAUCGACGCGUACCACCGCGCGGUCGGGGCGGCGACGUGGCACGGGCUCGGCACGUGCGCGAUGAAGCCCAAGGCCGCUGGGGGCGUGGUCGACGCGCGCUUGAACGUGUACGGCACCGCGAGGCUGAAGGUCGCCGACAUGAGCAUCGCGCCGCACAACGUCCUCGCGAACACGUACAACACCGCGCUGAUCAUCGGCGAGAAGGCGGCGCUGAUUAUCGCGGAGGACCUGGGAGUGCCGCUCGCAUAGAACCAGAUCGUAUCGAUGCAACAGGUUUCGAUAAGUAACAUCUAAUCUAACACGUGGCUACUGCAUAAAAAAACAACAACAUACAUAAGGAGGUACUGGGGCAGGUACAAUGAUGAAUGAAUGAAUGGGGUACACAAGAAAGGUUACACGGAAAGCGUGUGCGUGAAAGAAUGCGUGCAUGUGUGAUGAGGGUGCCAGAGUGACAAUGUGAAGUUACAUAUAGAGAACAAGAAGAAGGAAUCGGUGAUGCGGCAUAAUCGUGUGGUCGUCGAAACGUAUCGUGUCGUGUCGUGUCGGACAUCAAGUGAAUUCACCCAAUCAACUUGCGCAGGAACCCGAGCAGCAUCCCGGACAGGUUGCUGAUCAC